UCCAGGCACCCAGUUUUUCUUAUCCUGUUGUAUGAGAUUACCGUAGACUAUAGGCAAAUUCAGUCCCCCCUGACCCUUACUACUUUGCUCGUCAGACAUUAACUUAAGCAUGUAAAACAGAAGAAAAUUAGCCUAGACCUUUCUUAACACGUGCAUUUGUACGGUAUUCACGUGUGCUUUUGAAAAAUACCACAACACGGAGACGUACGGAGAGUGAAGAAGACGCGUGGAAGCAGCAUCCGGUCUUGCGGCGUCGCACGCCCCCUUGAUCGCGCUUGACGAGUACCUUUUUAGAUUAGGUACUAACGUAUAAUCUGCUCGCUUGAAGUUACGUUUGUAUUAGCCUACAUUAAUACUCACUUAAUUUGAACUAUAGGAAGUAUACUGUAAAACGGUAAAGGGAUACACAGUAUAAUGUCGAUCGAAGGGUAUCCAGUCACUAAAGCGUGUCUUAUAUACAAAAUUAUGGUUUUGGAAAAUGUCCGUUAUAGAUUGGAGGAAGAGCUCCGGGUUUUCACGAAAAAGGCAAGCGAAGAUGUACAGCGUUUCUUGAGAACCGCCAAAGAAAGCUCUAGGAUGGAUGGAGUUCAGCUUCUGGAUGCCUUGGAUGUCAAAUGUACCGUCAUUGAGAGGCUUACUGGUUUAUUUCGUCAACUGAUAGCCGACCCAGAAGAUCGUUCACUAAUUGCUAAUCAGCCGAAUAAUCAUCUGCAUGGACCAGUACUGAAAUGGGGCAGAAAUGUAAUGAUUUCCAACAUUUUGAAGUUUGGACCAAUGCUCCACAAUGUUGUACUGGCCACCUCUAUUACUAAUGCAGUACAGACUCUUGGAGCUGCUCUCACCAUACAGCAAAUUCAGACAGUCUUUACCUCUUUAAUGUCGCAAGCACAAGUGCAGAUACCUAAUGCACUUCAGUACAAUCAGACAAAGGAUAAUCAGCUUUCAAGUGAUGACUGCCAGGAUCAAUCGCGUCCAAAAACUCCAGUGAGACAUCACAGCCAUAAUGUUACUUUGGGAAAUCCAGCAACACGAUCAACAGGACAACAAUUUGAAAAGCCCCUUCAUGGUGUGACCUCAUGUUUACAGAAUGAGGAGCUGGGAACUGAUGUUACCAUACAGCAUCAGAAGCAGACCUCAUCACAGUUGAUACAGUUCUUGCAAACCAAAUGUAGAAGCGAUUUGUUGGCCUGUUUUCCAGGAACGGUUCAGCCAAGUGUUGACAGUGCCACACAUGACGACAUGUCUCCUUUAUUAAUAGAAGGGACUCUGUCUGAAGUGAAAGGCAAGCCUGUCUAUGAUAAUCUGUAUCAAGGAACAAAUGGCUUGCUAAUUGCUACUUCUGCCCCAGUAUUUGAGGUGAAGGAAGACUACAUUGAUGGUGCAUUGAGGUGCACUUAUAUUGUUUCCACAAAGUAUGAAUUGUGGGAUAUUGGUAAUAUAUUCAUAGAUGAAAACCUUAUUUCGUCAAGGAGUCCUCCUCAGCAAGUAGAUGUGUUGGGUUCAACUUCUGGGACCUGUGCAGAAACAAAAGAGGAGAUCACAGAAGCUUCCAGUGUUCAAAGGCAUAUCACUGGUGGAGUUGGGACUUUGUCACCUUGCCCCAUUGGGUCUAAUUUGGCAAUAUCUAAGGUUGGAAAAAAGGUCCCAGUAUUCCAGGUUCGAAAGUAUGAGGAAAUGGCAGUUACAGUGACCCAUGUUGUUAACCCUAGUAACUUUGUCAUCCAGCUUGUGGGCCCAGAACUGCAACAGCUCUCCCUAGAUACUGAUUUGCACUGCAGUCGUUCUUUUGCUGAGAUGGAUUGUAUUCCGGAUAUUGGGACCUAUGUUCUGGGAUGGUUUCCAAGACAGAAGAUGUGGUGCCGUGGUCAGGUGCUUAAGAUAAACGGCAUGAGAGAAGGAGCUUCAGUGAAUCUUGGGAGUGCAGGUGGUGUGCAUAAUAUCAACCUGGAGGUCAGAAGGAUUGACUAUGGCGACGUAGCUUGUAUCUCUUUGCAGCAUAUAAAAGAACUCGAUGAUUUGACAGCUGCUUUACCUGAACAAGCCCUGCAGGUUGCUUUGGCAAAUGUUUCUCCAGUUAAUGGUCAAGACUGGACUCCAGAGGCAGUUUGCUGGUUGAAAGACAAAGUACACAAUAGGACCCUGUUUGCAAGGCUGUUUCCUCAGGAGACGAAAGUGAUGGUGGAGCUAUUCAUGGAGAAGGGAAAAAUUGGAGGCAUGAGGAGAAGUGCUUCUCUGUCGACGAGAUUGGCUCUGUGUGGACAUGCCAAUCAUUCGAUGAUAAACCUAAACUUGAGGAAAAGCCUCAAUAGUGGACGAGACAAGAACGUCCAGAGAGAAGCUGCCUAGGUUUUGGAGUCAAACGGAGAUCAAGGUUGUAAAAUACAGCAGCACAGAUCAGUAAGACAGAGAUCCAGGUACAGGGAAAAAAAUUCUCAGUUAUGUAAGGCAGCAACGUUCCGUAAAUCUUUCUUUUAACUUUUUUUUUAUGUGCUCUGCAGUAUAGUUCAGGUUGUGCUGAGCUGCUGCUCAAUCAAUAUGCUUUUUUCCCUUCUUUCUAAGCUCUUAACUGAUUGGUUUUGUGCUGUUUGCUGAAUUAAGCAUCUGAUUCAUCCAUCCAUUAAAUAAGAUAAAAAUGAAUAUAUAAAUGAAUGUUUAAAAAUUAAUUCAGACUUCUUGUUGAGGAAUGCUUGUAAUUUAAUUAAGAUUAAUUAAGAUUAAUAAAGAUCCUUACACAAAUGUUGGUCCAUAAAGUCAGUUUUAAAUAAAUAUUUGCUAUAUGUAAUGCCUAAACAUUUAAUCUAUGAGGGUACUUUUGCCGUGUUCAAAUUCUGGUAUAUAUGAAGUAGGAGUGCACCGAUCCGAUAUUCUAUUAGGUAAUCCAUUCAAGCGGAACGCUAA